GCUUUUCCCCCCUUCCAGUCCGGACACUUUCCCCCCCUUCCAGUCCGGACACUUUCCCCCCCCUUCCAGUCCGGACACUUUCCCCCCCUUCCAGUCCGGACACUUUCCCCCCCUUCCAGUCCGGACACUUUCCCCCCCUUCCAGUCCGGACACUUUCCCCCCCUUCCAGUCCGGACACUUUCCCCCCCUUCCAGUCCGGACACUUUCCCCCCCUUCCGUCCGGACACUUUCCCCCCCCUUCCAGUCCGGACACUUUCACCCCCUUCCAGUCCGGACACUUUCCCCCCCCCCUUUCCCGUCCGGACACUUUCCCCCCCCUUCCAGUCCGGACACUUUCCCCCCCCUUCCAGUCCGGACACUUUCCCCCCCUUCCAGUCCGGACACUUUCCCCCCCGUUCCAGUCCGGACACUUUCCCCCCCCUUCCAGUCACGGACACUUUCCCCCCCUUCCAGUCCGGACACUUUCCCCCCCUUCCAGUCCGGACACUUUCCCCCCCUUCCAGUCCAGGCCAAAUUUUCAGCUUUCAACGCUAUAACACU